UGGGUGUAUAAAACGGUACCGAUUACCGGGUGGAGGGUUUCAGUCUCGACGUAACAGUGCUCUUGUACGGUCGACAAUAGUGCGCUGAAGUGACGUGUUUGCCAUAAGCAAAAGGUCCACGAUGACCUUCGAGGACUUCUGUGGUGGUCCGUUCUGGGACGAGGAGUUCGUAUGGGACAUAGACAAUCCCAACCUGACGUUCUGUUUCCAGCGCGUCAUCCUCCAGUGGGUGCCGUGUUUGUUUCUGUUCGUGUUCUCCAUCUACGACAUCUUGAAGAUUACCGAAAGUCGGUACCGAGACAUACCAUGGAACUGGUACAACCUCUCGAAGAUGCUAGUGAUAUUCCUGCUUAUGUGCAUGUCCUGGAUCGAUCUCGGCAUGGUGCUGGGCUAUCAGGAUGAGCAGGGUUUGUACGAUGUGCAGAUCCUGACGGCCGUGUUUAAUGCGCUGGCUUAUAUCGAUUUGCUUGUGUUGCUGUUUUUCAUGCGAGAGUAUGGAGUACGCACGUCGGGUACGAUGUUCAUGUUUUGGUUCUUGCGAAUGUUCUUCGGCAUUAUUCAGCUUCGCACGGAGGUGCAGGAGAACGAUAAGCGACCGAACGCGAUAGGCUCCGGUGACACGGUAGACUUUUGGGAGUAUCAAUACGUCAGUUACAUCAUCCAGUACUCCUUCAUCUGCUUGAUGCUUGUGCUGGAGCUGUUCCCUGACAAAGCUCCCAAGAUUAGUCACUAUCCAGAGUCGAAGAAACCGAACCCGGAGCUCAGCUCAAGUUUCUUCUCCAAACUCCUGUUCCUGUACUUUGAUUCGUUCGCCUGGAAAGGAUUCCGUAAACCACUCACCAUGGAAGAGAUGUAUGACAUCAACCCUCAGGACACGUCAAGCGAGCUGGUUCCUCCCUUUGACAAGUACUGGGACAUGAGCGUCGUUAGUGGGCGCAAAAAACAGAUCGCCGCCGACAAAAAGGCCGGAAAAACGAACAUCGAGUACAAACCACACUCCGAAACGAACGGAUCAUCCCUGUACGCGAUGGUACGGGCAUACGGUGCACCAUUUUGGUUCGCGGGAAUGCUACAACUGGCGAUAUCCGGACUCCAGUUCGCCUCGCCUUAUCUCAUGCAAGAAAUGAUGGCGGUUAUUGCACUGGAUGGUCCUGUGUGGAAGGGUUUGUUGUUAACGUUCGCAUUGUUUGCUGCGUCGCUGCUGCUGGCUCUACUUAACGGCCAGUACUACUACAACACCUUCCUGAGCGGAUUCCGCAUCCGUACCGGGCUGGUGAGUGCGAUAUACCGGAAGGCAUUGCGAAUUUCGAGCGCAGCCAAGAAAGACACCACCGUCGGUGAGAUCGUCAAUCUGAUGGCAGUGGAUGCGCAACGAUUCUUCGAACUUACGUCGUACAUGCACAUCCUAUGGUCGGGAGUGUUGAUCAUCGCACUAUGUGUGUACCUCCUGUACGAUAUUCUGGGUGCGGCUGUAUUUGCCGGACUGGGUGUAAUGAUCCUGAUCACCCCUGUGUCUGGUGUGAUUGCAACGAAGAUGCGUGAUGCUCAGGUUGCUCAGAUGAAGAUCAAGGAUGAUCGUGUGAAGAAAAUGAACGAAAUCCUCGGUGGCAUUAAGGUGUUGAAGCUGUACGCUUGGGAACCCAGCUUCCAAGAUUCCAUUUUAACCGUGCGUAAGGAGGAAAUCGGAAUUCUGAAACGCAUGGCCUAUUAUGGAGCUGGUAUCUACUUUACGUUCACUAUUGCGCCAUUCCUGGUUACGCUCGUGUCAUUCGCUGUAUACGUGCUUAUGGAUGAGGAAAACAUUUUGGAUCCACAGACUGCGUUCGUGUCGCUAGCCCUAUUCAAUAUUCUUCGUUUCCCGCUCGGUAUGCUUCCCAUGAUGGUGACGUUUUCCAUGCAAGCUUGGGUAUCGGUGAAGCGUAUCGAUAAGUUCCUGAACAGUGCUGAGCUGGAUCCCAGCAAUGUGACCAACCACAAGAGCGAUGAAGCACUCACGAUCAAGGAUGGAACGUUUUCGUGGGGAGACGAAACACCUACGCUGAAGAACAUCAAUCUCUCGCUUCGUAAGGGACAACUAUCGGCGAUUGUUGGUACGGUUGGAACUGGUAAAAGUUCACUGAUCUCAGCCCUGCUGGGUGAGAUGGAGAAGAUAAGUGGAGUGGUAAAUACGGACGGAUCAAUCGCGUAUGUCCCACAACAAGCCUGGAUUCAGAAUGCGACGCUACGUGAUAACAUUCUCUUCGGUAAAGCAUUUGAUCAGAAGAAAUACGACAACGUGAUCGAAUGUUGUGCCUUAAAGCCUGAUCUGGAGAUGCUUCCUGGUGGAGAUACGACCGAGAUUGGUGAGAAGGGUAUCAACCUUUCGGGAGGACAGAAACAGCGUGUUGCAUUGGCGCGUGCAGUGUAUGCCGACUCUGAGAUCUACCUGUUCGAUGAUCCUCUGAGCGCUGUGGAUGCUCACGUAGGAAAACACAUAUUUGAGAAGGUGAUUGGACCAUCGGGAAUGCUAGUGGGUAAAUCGCGUCUCCUGGUUACACACGGUAUUUCCUACUUGCCGUUUGUGGAGAACAUUUUUGUCGUUAAGGAUGGAGAGAUCUCGGAGAGCGGAUCAUACCAGCAACUACUUGAUCAGAAGGGUGCAUUCGCCGAGUUCCUCACGCAACACAUCCAAGAGCUGGACGAAGCCGAUGAGGACGAAAUUAAACUAAUCCAAGAAUCACUCAAGGAUGAAACGGCCAAACGUAUUGUGGAACGCUCGCUGUCAGUGACAUCUGGUCGAUCCGCCGGCAGUAACGGUAGUCAGCGUAAGAAGCGCAUCAGCCGCCAAGAGUCCAAGGCAAGCGCCAAAAAGGAGGAUCCCAUUAUACAGAAUCUGGACAAGGCGACACUGAUCGAAAAGGAAGAAUCUGCUACCGGCGCUGUAACGUGGGCUGUUUACAAGAAAUACGUCACCGCCAUCGGGUUUCAGUUCGGGUUCUGGUCGGUGGUGUUUAGCGCAAUCAAUCAAGGUAGCGGUAUUUACUCGAGCAUGUGGCUUACCGAUUGGUCCGAAGAUCCAGAAGCCAUCACUGACACAUCGGUGCGUGAUAUGUAUCUCGGUGUAUAUGGCGCUCUGGGAGGAGUUCAAUCGAUCGCUCUGUUCAUUGGAUCGGUCUUGCUGGCACUUGGAUGUUUGAAGGCAGCCGAAGAAUCACACAACAAGCUGCUGGAGAGCUCCAUGCAUAUGCCGAUGUCCUUCUUCGAUACGACGCCACUUGGACGUAUCAUUAAUCGAUUUUCAAAAGAUGUGGACGUAGUGGACAACAUUCUACCGGCGACAAUCCGCGCCUGGUUGUUGAUGUUGUUCAGUGUCAUCGGUGUGUUCAUCGUGAUCGGUAUCUCUACUCCGAUCUUCCUUGCGAUAGUACCACCGCUGAUGGUGAUCUACUACUUCGUACAGCGGUUCUAUAUCGAAACGUCGCGACAGUUGAAGCGAUUGGAGUCCGUCACAAGAAGUCCAAUCUACUCACACUUCGGAGAGAGUAUCGGUGGACAGUCAACGAUCCGAGCCUAUGCUCAGCAGGAACGGUUCAUCAAGGAGUCAGAGUAUCGAGUGGACUACAAUCAACUUGUGACUUAUCCCACUAUUCUAGCCAACCGUUGGUUGGGUGUUCGGUUGGAAAUCAUCGGAAGUUUGGUGAUUUUGUUUGCGGCCCUGUUCGCUAUCCUGGCUCGUGACACCAUUGGUCAGGCAACGGUUGGACUCUCGAUCAGUUAUGCGUUACAGAUUUCCAAUGUGUUGAGUUUCCUCGUGCGUAUGACGGCUGAAGUGGAGACGAACAUUGUCGCUAUUGAACGUUUGGAGGAGUACACUGUACUACCACGGGAAGCUGAGUGGCAGAAGGGUACAGUGGACAAAGCAUGGCCUGCAGAAGGAAAGGUCGAGUUCAAGGACUACCAGAUCCGUUAUCGCGAGGGUUUGGACUUGGUCAUUCGAGGUAUCUCGCUUGGAGUUCGGGGAGGAGAAAAGAUUGGUAUCGUUGGACGAACUGGAGCAGGAAAGUCCAGCUUAACACUUGGUCUCUUCAGAAUUGUCGAAGCGGCCGGUGGACAAAUCAUCAUCGACGGACUUGACAUCUCCAAAAUGGGACUGCAUCAGCUCCGUAGUCGGUUGACCAUCAUUCCUCAGGAUCCAGUCCUAUUCUCCGGUACUCUUCGGAUGAACGUGGAUCCCUUCAAUAACUUCAGCGAUGAUCAGGUGUGGAAGGCACUCGAGCUAUCCCAUCUGAAGGCAUUCGUGAAGGGUCUUACUGCGGGCCUGGAACACGAGAUCGCUGAGAACGGUGAGAAUCUUUCGGUUGGACAGAGACAACUCGUCUGCUUAGCUCGAGCCAUCCUUCGAAAAACGAAGGUGUUGAUCUUGGAUGAGGCUACGGCGGCCGUAGAUCUGGAGACGGAUGACUUGAUUCAGGUAAGCAUAGUCUUAGCUAGGAUCUACUCAGAAAGUUGUAAUAAAAUUUCUUAUUCUUUACCAUCACAGAAAACAAUCCGUACGGAGUUCGCCGAGUGUACGAUCCUCACCAUCGCUCAUCGACUGAACACGAUCCUCGACUCGGACCGUGUGCUGGUACUCGACAAGGGUUUGGUAGCCGAGUGUGACUCACCUCAAAACUUGCUAGCGAACAGAGACUCGAUAUUCUUCAGUAUGGCAAAGAACGCUGGUAUAGUAAGCUAAUAAUCGACCCAUACUUCGGUGCAGUGUGUGUUCAACUAGCAUAAGAAGAUCCAUUUUGUAUGUAAGUGUUAAUAGUUUAGCGUGUUUUUACGUACUUCUACGUCAUUAACUUAAGCACGAGCAGUGCCAUCGAAACCAAAUAAA